AUGGCGUUUUUGCCUAAUCCUUUUCGUAUUUCUUUUCUUUUUUUUCUUUCUUUCUUUCUUUCUUUCUUUUUUCUUUUCUUUUAUUCCCUAAUUGAUUUGUUUUUCAAUCUUUACUUAUUUUCCCUCAGUUUUUGCCUAAUCCUUUUCUUUUUGCCUAAUCCUUUUCGUAUUUCUUUCUUUCUUUCUUUCUUUCUUUCUUUCUUUCUUUCUUUCUUUCUUUCUUUCUUUCUUUUUAUUCCUUUUUGCCUAAUCCUUUUCGUAUUUCUUUCUUUCUUUCUUUCUUUUUUUUUUUCUUUCUUUCUUUCUUUCUUUCUUUCUUUCCUUUUUUCUUUCUUUCUUUCUUUCUUUUAUUCCUUAAUUGAUUUUGUUUUCAUUCUUAUAAUUAUUUUCCCUCAGUUUUUGCCUAAUCCUUUUCGUAUUUCUUUCUUUCUUUCUUUCUUUCUUUCUUUCUUUCUUUCUUUCUUUCUUUCUUUCUUUCUUUAA